AUGGCCUCGUGGGAUGCUGCAGAGCGGAGCGAUGAGGACGGCCACGAGUCCUCCGACACUCGCGAGCAUGGCGAGGAUAGAUUCGACCUCGACCAUGCCGUCUCGGCGCCAUUUGCACCGCUGCGAGAGGUCACGCGCAGAGACAGCCACUUCCUGGUGCAGCAAAGAGGCAAGAUCAAGCGCAUCCUGGACCGCGACGCGGGCGAGUCCCAGAGCACCCGGGUGUACUGGGUGCGGAAGAAGCGGAAGAUCUAUGCUAUGUUUUUCUAUGACUUCUUCCACACUAUACUUCAAGUGCCCGUUCUUGGAGUCUACCCGAUGGUCUUCAUCUCUUACGCACUCUGCCACCUGCUCUUUGCGAUUAUGUGGUGGAGCAUUUCCGACAGCUGCGCAAUCGGGCUAUCGGGUCUCAUGUCGGCGUUCUACUUCUCCGUCGAGACGCAGAUGACCAUCGGUUAUGGGGCUCCGGCGGAGAACUUCGCUGGCUGCCCGGAAGCGGUACUUUUGCUGCCGUUGCAGGUCGUCUGCGGGCAGAUGCUGGAUGCAGCUGUGAUUGGCAUCGUUUUUGCACAGAUUUCAGCGGCCAGCGCACACGCAGCGAGCGUGAUGUUCAGUGACACGGCACUUCUGAGAGUUGUAGACGGCUGCGUGCAGCUGACGUUCAGGAUCGCGAAGAGGACUGGCUUCAGUUUGUCGCAAGGGAAGAUCCAAGUUUACUGCAUUCAGCACCACAAGGACCCUUCUCAACCACGCGGCGUGCGUGUGGAGGUGAAUGCGAUGCACCUCAUUGAGCCGGACAUGGACAUGUAUAACGGAGUGAUCUUCCUGGGCCUCCCCGCGGAAGUCAGCCACAAGGUGGAUUUCAACAGCCCCUUGGCACCCGUGGUCCCGGCCGGCACCAGCGGGUAUCCUUCCGAGCUGGACGUGCGGACGUACCUGAAGUCGUCGAAAUACUUGGAGAUUCUGGUGUUGGCUGGAGCCUGA